GCCUCCCGCCGCUGAGCCGUGAGGGGCGGGGGCGCCGGGACCCCGCGGGGGACAUGGGCAACGGGAUGUGCUCCCGAAAGCAGAAGCGGAUUUUCCAGACUCUCGUGCUGCUGACCGUGGUGUUCGGCUUCAUCUACGGGGCGAUGCUGUACUACGAGCUGCAGAGCCAGCUGCGGAAGGCUGAGGCCACGGCGCUCAAGUACCAGCAGCACCAGGAGUCCCUGUCGGCCCAGCUACAAGUUGUAUAUGAGCACAGAUCAAGAUUAGAAAAAUCACUGCAAAAGGAAAGGCUUGAACAUAAGAAAGCAAAAGAAGAUUUUCUUGUUUAUAAACUAGAAGCACAGGAAACCCUAAAUAAAGGAAGGCAAGAUUCAAACAGCCGAUACAGUGCACUGAGUGUCCAGCACCAGAUGUUGAAGAGUCAACAUGAAGAACUAAAGAAGCAGCACGCUAACCUUGAGGAAGAUCACCGAAAACAAGGAGAAGAGUUCAGCAGGACGUUCAGUGAUCACAAGCAGAGAUACUUAGAACUGCAGCAGGAAAAAGAGCAGGAGAUCUCUAAGCUGAAGGAAUCCCUGUACAAUUUACGGGAGGAGAACAGACAGCUGAGAAAAGCUCACCAAGAUGUUCAUACCCAGCUGCAAGAUGUAAAGCAACAGCAUAAGAACUUACUGUCCCAGCACAACCAGCUUGUAGUGACAUUGGAAGACCACAAGAGUGCACUAGCUGCUGCACAGUCCCAGGUAGAGGAAUACAAACAGCUGAAGGACACGCUGAACAAAAUACCGAGUUUCCGCCAGUCUGAGAAGUUGGAAGCAAACGAACAGGCGGAGGUGCGGCCGCCAUCUCCCCACAGUGAGCUCCCAAAACACCACAAAGCUGUGGCUGGAGGGCAUAAAGAGAGUGAGAAGCCAAAAGAGAGAGAAGAAGUAAAUAGCCAGGAGAGAGAUGACAGAGCUGAGUCUUUUCAUCUACAAAGAAGGGCUAACGAGGGCCAGCAUGCCAAAGAACUGAAUAUUCAGGAGCAACAAGAAGCUGGAGAGGAUGAUGAGCAACAUGUUGAUCAGGCUGAAGAAGAACGCAAAAAGGAACUUGAAGAGGAAGAAAUGGAGCAGGCAGGUCAGCCUCAGCACUUAGAAGAGGAACAGGACCAAGUGCCAGAAGAGCAUGAGUGGAAGAAACAGGAGCAGAAAGAAGAAGAAACCAACAUAUUGGGUGAACGUCUUCCAUCAGAGGUAACACCGACAAAAGCUGUCACAAAAAGAUACAAACCAGCCUACGAACAGCAACUGGAGCAGCAACAGCUUGCAGCCCAAAGAGCAGAGGAAGCCAAUCAGCUCAGGGAACACCAGGAAUCGCUGCACCAGCAAAGGCUGCAAACACAGCUGUUAAGGCAGCAACAGCUUCAAGAAAAGGAGCUUCAGCUACAGAGAGAGGCAGAGCAAGGAGAAAAAUUCUAUAAGAGCCGACUGAGUCAGCAGGCUCGUUAUGAUAACAUGGACCAUGAUAUUGUGCAAGGGGAAGAAGAGCAAGGCAUUCAGGAAGAAGAAGGAGCUUAUGAACAUGAUAACCAGCACCGGGAUGAAGGUGAAGAUGAGGAUCAAAACAAUGCAAAUGAGCAGCACGAACCAGAACAUCAAGGAGAAAAUCAGGCUGAUGAACCAAAGGCAGCCAUGGAAGAUGUGAACCCUGCUGAUGACCCUAACAACCAGGGAGAAGAUGAAUUUGAGGAGGCUGAACAAGAGAGAGAAGAAAAUUUACCAGAUGAAAAUGAGAAGCACAAGCAGAACAGUGAGAAACAAGGGCAUCCUGGAGUGGAAGAACACCUAGUGAUGGCAGGAAAUCCUGACCAGCAGGAAGAUAAUGUGGAUGAGCAGUAUCAGGAAGAGGGCGAGGAAGAGAUUCAGGAAGAUUUGACUGAGGAGAAGAAACGAGAACUGGAACGCAAUGCUGAAGAGCCAUAUGGUGAAAAUGAUGAAAAUGGAGAUGAAAAGAAUAACGGGGAAACGGAUCAAGAGCAAGAAAUGCAAGAUGAGAACAACCAUCAGAAGGAAGUUCAUGAAGAAAAUUAUGAAGAGGAAGAAGAGGAGGAAGAGGAACGUGGAGCUGCUGCAGCAAAAACACGGAGACGAGGGGAGAUGUAGUCCUCACUUUUUGGUAGCAGACACAUUCCUGAUUUUAAGAAAAACUUUUUUGGGAUAUUUAAGUCCCAAAACAAGUUUGUGUUUUACUCUUUUUACUUUUCUAUUAGAUGCUCUCAUAUGUUUAUAUGAAUACAGUAUUUUGAUACUCUAGAUUAGGAUUUCUUUUCUAUUAAAGAUGUACAUAAGUAGCCAUCAUGCAGGUUUCAUUUUUCAUCCUUCAGGGCAUGUUUUAAGAGGCCAAUCUGUAAUACGCUUCCACUUCAUCCAAGCCUGACAGACACUUGGUCUAAUUUCAGUUACACUGAACAUCUGAAGAAAUACUUCUAGUGCCUAAGCCCAGUCAGCAUUAGUCAGUCCAGCUCUGUCUCCCUUGACACCACUCACAUGACUAAUGGCUGGCCAGCUACCUGUCUGAGGCACAGCCUGCAGUGCUCCUGAAGGCCCACAGGUAGUUUCAUUCAUUAUGAUCUCAUGAGAUUCUUCAAAUCCUUGAAGAUGAGCACAUGCCCAGCUGUUUAUGGGACCAAGCCUCUUACAGAUGCAGGACAGUUAUAAAAUAUGCAAGUUUUACAAGCCUUCAAAAUACAGCCAGGUGAACAGCUGUUCAUUUUGGCAGCUGUUUAUAUACAGCUAAAUUAUGCAUUUGUUUUAAUAAAUAUUACCUUAUUACCUAGGUACUUCAAUUACAUGCACUACAUAGCAGAUAACGUAAACGGUGCUAUGCUGGGAUGCGAGCUGGGAACCUAUUUAGACUUGAUGAUCCUUCAUGAGAAAUCAAAACACUACAGCUGUCACAUGAAUUAAGAUUUACAGAAGGAGCAAUUUUGUCAUCCUAGCUAAUAUAUUAAAAAUGUGACCUACCAGCUGUAAUUAGAUCAUCUUCGUGACAUGCUUUCUGGAGACUGGAGAGAGGGUUAAGGCAUUUAAAAUGAGUUGGUGUGAUUUGAUGCCAGAUGCUGAACUAAUUUAUUUUUAAGUUUAAGCUGGAAAGAUUUCUGUGUCCUCUAGUGUGAAAAAUCAAAUGAGUGACAAAUCCCACAGAAGCUUUUUGAACAGCAAGCAUCUCUAGCACUGCAUGCCUGGGUGCAAUGGAAAAGGGGUGGGGAAUGAUGCAAAAAUUGUGCCUUGGUGUAAGCUACGAUGAACAUAAUCACAGUGCAUGAAUAUAUACAGUGUUUGUAUUGGUACAGACCCUGGUUAUUUAAUAUAUGUUGUAAGGAGAGUGGGAAUCUGGAUUUCCUAGGCCAUGCCCCAUUGCUGGAAAUGAGGCACGCAGUAGCUCCCCUUAGGAAGUGUGUGUUAAUAUAUAAAAGGAGAGGGUUUGGGAUUUUUCCCUUUUUAAAUAACGAUGCAUAGCAAUGGUUUUAGUUUAACUUUUGAUAUGAAUGUAAUUUAAUUCAUUUUUCUACUAACUCAAUUACAUUCUGUUUUAUAGUUGGUUUCCACUCUCGGUAAUUUUCCUGAAUGUCUCAGACACAGUGCUUAUGUUUCAUAGGAAUAUUUUUGUCAGCAAGUACUUCGGGUUUUUAAUUACCAUAAAUCAGAAUUACCUUAUGUAUAAAAAAAGUUUACAUGAUACUGUAAAAUGUAUGAUAUGUACAUAAUCCUCAGAAUACAAUUAUUUUGGUAAAUUGGCCUGUAUUUUUAAUGUCACUGUUGCAGUAUUUAAUUAUUUGAGGCAUAAUAAAACUUGACUGCAGUCAA